UGAAAAUUUUCCCAAAAUAAUUUUCUCCCUUAUCGCGCCCUAAGAAAGAUAUCGUUCACGCUGCCUCCUUGCCCCAAUCCUUCUUCGCUGGAAUCUCUGCCGCCCGUCGAGCUUUCGCCGCCGCUUUCUACCGCCUAAACUACAUCGGCUCAUUGUAACAAGCUUCAAUUCAUAUUCUCUCUGUAUAAACUAGCACCAGGUUAAUCAAUGGCGCAUAGGCUAUUGAGAGACGCCGAAGCUGAUGGAUGGGAACGGUCGGACUUUCCGAUCAUCUGCGAGUCGUGUCUCGGCGACAGUCCUUACGUUCGGAUGAGUAAAGCUGAUUAUGACAAGGAAUGCAAGAUUUGUACAAGACCCUUCACUGUUUUCAGGUGGAGGCCUGGUCGGGAUGCGAGGUACAAGAAAACUGAGAUCUGUCAGACGUGCUGCAAGUUGAAGAACGUUUGUCAAGUUUGUCUUCUUGAUCUUGAAUAUGGGUUACCUGUUCAGGUCCGAGACACCGCUCUUAGUAUCAAUUCCAAUGAUGCCAUUCCGAAGAGUGAUGUGAAUAGAGAAUAUUUUGCUGAGGAGCAUGACCGCAGGGCAAGAGCUGGGAUAGAUUAUGAAUCAUCAUACGGAAAGGUCCGUCCAAAUGAUACUAUUUUGAAGCUUCAAAGAACGACUCCAUACUACAAGAGAAAUCGGGCCCAUGUUUGCAGUUUCUAUGUCCGGGGUCAAUGUACUAGGGGCCUUGAGUGUCCUUAUAGGCAUGAAAUGCCUGAAACAGGGGAGUUAUCACAACAAAAUAUUAAAGAUCGUUACUAUGGAGUAAAUGAUCCAGUGGCCUUGAAGCUACUCAACAAGGCAGGUGAAAUGCCUUCUCUGGAGCCUCCCGACGAUGAGAGCAUCAAAACCCUUUAUGUUGGUGGAGUUGAUGCAAGAAUCACUGAGCAGGACCUUAGGGAUCAGUUUUAUGCACAUGGUGAAAUUGAGUCCGUAAAAAUGGUGUUGCAACGUGGAUGUGCUUUCGUAACAUAUACAACAAGGGAAGGUGCCGAGAGGGCAGCUGAGGAACUUGCAAACAAGCUUGUAAUAAAGGGCUUGCGGUUGAAAUUACUGUGGGGAAGACCACAGGCACCAAAGCCUGAAUCUGAGAUGACCGAUGAGUUGAGGCAGCAGGCGGCGGUGGCUCAUAGUGGGUUGCUGCCAAGGGCCGUCAUAUCACAGCAACAGAACCAGCCCGAUAACCAAGAUCAACCUCCAUACAUGCCUUACUUCAACAUUCCGCAUAUGCCUCAGCCCGAGAGAGCGUUUUAUCCUUCAAUGGAUCCUCAAAGGAUGGGAGCCCUUGUUUCUUCCCAAGAUGGGAGUUCAAAUGCUGGAGCUUCAGGAUCAGGUGAAAAUAGAAGUGGUCCUGACCAGCAACCACAAGGACAACAUUUCGGUUAUCCACCCGCCCCACAACAACCUCAAGGUCAAUUUUACCGGCCUUAUUAUCCACCCAUUCCGCCCUAUGGCUACAUCCCUCCCCCUUCACCACCUUAUCAGCAGUUUCCUCCACCACCCUACCAGGCUAUGAUCCCUCCACCGCCUCCCGGUGGCAACACAACAGGACAUCAACCGCCACACACCGGACCAGCUCAGCAAGGAACUGGACAACAAGAUCCUGGACAGCAAUUUUAGUUUCAUUGGUAUGGUCACAUGUUUGGGACAAAUAUCUGCAGCUGAAAGCUUAAAACCAUUGCUAGCUGCCAAAAGUUAAAAUCUUUCUGUGUUUUUCCAUUCAAUUAAAUGAAUAGAUUCUGUUAAAGUCACCUCAGAUUAUUACCUA